AUGACGAAGAAGGUUAUUGCUCUUUUUGACGUCGACGGAACACUGACUGUCCCAAGAAAAGCCAUUACUCAGGAGAUGCACGAUUUUAUGCAGGAACUUCAGAAACACGUGACCGUCGGAAUCGUCGGAGGAAGUGACUAUAAGAAGAUCACAGAACAACUUGGCGCUUGUUCCGAUGUUCCAAUCGAGAAAAUGUUCAAGUACGUCUUUUCUGAAAACGGCCUCGUCGCGUUCAAGGAUGGAGCGAAACUCGCGGAAACAUCGUUUAUUGAAAAAGUCGGCGAAGAAUACUACCAGGACCUGACGAAUCACAUCUUCAAAUUGAUGGCCGACAUCCGCAUUCCAGUCAAACGAGGAACCUUCAUCGAAUUCAGAAAAGGAAUGAUCAACGUCUCCCCCAUCGGUCGACAAUGCAGCCAAGCUGAGCGCGACGCAUUCGACCAGUACGACAAAACGGCAAAAAUCCGGCCGGCCAUGGUCAGUUCUUUGAAAGAAAAGUUCGGCGACAAGCUUACUUUUUCUAUCGGCGGACAGAUCUCCUUCGACGUCUUCCCUACCGGAUGGGACAAGACCUACUGCCUCCAGUUUUUGGAAGAAUACGACGAAGUCUAUUUCUUCGGCGACAAGACCUUCCAAGGCGGUAACGACUUCGAAAUCUUCAGCUCCGAGCGAACAAAGGGCAACACUGUCACCUCCCCAGACGAUACCAAAGCCCAGUGCACCAAGCUUUUCAUGUCCUAA